GAGGGAGAAGAUGGCGGCUGUGCUGAAGGCGGAAGCGGGGCAGUGUGGGCCGCCGUGCGUUGUGUGAGACUCUUCCUGCAUGGACUCGCCGCCAUGAGCAACAAGGAGAUGGUUUCCACGGAGACAGAGAACAAAGGGCAGAGGAAAGUGUUUCUUCCUAACAAGCUGUUGGAGUGUCUCCCUCGUUUGUCCAGUCUGCCUAACGAGCGGCUCAGGUGGAACACUAACGAGGAGAUUGCUUCUUACCUCAUAUCAUUUGACCGACAUGACGAGUGGCUCUCCUGCACCCUGAAGACCAGGCCAAAGAAUGGCAGCAUCAUCCUCUACAACAGGAAGAAGGUGAAGUACAGGAAGGACGGAUACUGCUGGAAGAAGAGGAAGGAUGGAAAAACGACGAGAGAGGACCACAUGAAGCUCAAGGUCCAGGGCAUGGAGUGCCUCUAUGGUUGCUACGUCCAUUCCUCCAUUGUGCCAACAUUCCACAGACGAUGCUACUGGCUGCUGCAGAACCCGGACAUUGUUCUGGUCCACUACCUGAACGUGCCGUCCCUGGAGGAUUCUGGGAAAUGCAGUCCACUGCUGUGUGCGGUGGCCGACCGCCAUGACAGCAUGAGGUGGAGCCGAGACGACCUGCUGAACCAGCUGAAGCCCAUGUUUCACAGCAUGAAGUGUUCGGUGGGCUCAGGUGAUUUCAGCAUCGAGGAGCUGGUUCAGCACAUCCUGGACCGGCAGAGAACCAAACCGCAGCCGCGCACGCACGCCUGCCUCUGUAACACCGGCCAGGUUUCUUCAGGAGUGAACAUUCCUCACCGCUGUAACAGCACCAAGCAUCGCAUCAUCUCCCCCAAACUGCCUCCCUCCUCCUGCAGACCCUCCCCCUCGCCACUCUCCUCUGAGGGGGGGGAGUCAGGACGAGGAGGGGGAGGAGAGUCCAAACUGCCCCACCUCCAGACUCAGAGCAGCCCCGCCUCGUCUCCCUGCCCGUCAUCCACCUCCGCCUCCUCACCUCCUCAGGGCCACAGAGCCACCAUCGCCAUGGGUAACCAUAGCAAUGGCUUCUACGGUGACCGCCGCAGCAGCCUGACGACGGUGGCGCUGCCCCAGAAUGCUGUCAUCGUCAUGGCGACAACUGCAACUGUGGGAGGAGGAGGGGGAGGAGGAGGAGGGACCAGAGUGGAGGAGGCGGGGCAGGGGAGGAGCCUGUCUCUCACCCACUCUGGCCAGUUAUUACUUUCGCCGGCCCUCCCCCCUCCUCCCUCCCCUCCCUCUUCCUCGGCCUCUGCCCCGCCCUCCGUCCCGGCGCCGGGCGUGGCCACUCUCUCCCUUACACUCCUCCCCUCCCCAGUCAUCGGAGGCCUGCUCCUCACCCCCUCGUCCUCCUCUUCCUCCUUGCGCUCCCCCCCACCUCCAGCCGUUGCCUCUCCUCCAUCUCCCCCGUCCUCCCCGUCCCUCCCCCCGACCUUUGACCCUGACUCCUUCCUAAACUCUCCAAAGCAGGGUCAGACUUACGGCGGACCUCCUCCUCCCUCCUCCUCCACACCCUCUCCUGCUCUCUGCUCCUCCUCCCCCCUGUCUCCCCCCUCCCUGGCUCUGUCUCUCUCCCCCACCUCCACCCCGCCCUCCUCCGUCUCCCCCCCAUCCUCUCUCUCCUCCCUUUCGUCUUCGUCGUCCUCAGAGGCGGAAAGGAAGGACACUGGCGUCACUCUCCCCCCAUCGCUCUCCCUCACCUUGUCUCCCUCCUCGUCUGUGGUGCCGCCCCUCCUCCCCCUCUGCUUGGAGCUGGGAGCUCUGGGUGAGUCAGAAGGGGGGAGGGAGGAGGAGGCAACAGGGGGAGAUGAAGAGGAGGUGAAGGACAGGAGAGAUGAUGACGAAGGCAGCGCUCCUCCCACCAAGCUGGCUCUGCUGCAGACAAGCCACGCCUCCUCCAGCUCAUCUCCACGACAACAGGCCAUCACUAGCUCCGCCUCUCUGCUUUUGGUCUGCCCGGACUCUGCAGGAAGACCAACACAGACAGCCAAUCAGGUGCAGCGUCAGGCUGACGGACAGCAGCCACUGGUCCUGGGUCAACCCUACAAUCACCUGUCUGCACCUGAAGCUUCGAUUUCCCAUCAGCCCCUGGUGCUGCAGCAGAGCCAGCAAGGCUUCGCUAACGAUAAAGCUAACAAUGACACUGACUCCACUCCCACUGCUGUCACCAUGGAUACCUCUCACCCUGCACCAGCACCUGUCCAGGUGAAGGAGGAGAGUAGGCGGGACUAUGAGGAUAACCAAAUGGAUACACACCUGGAGGAGGAGGCGGAGCCCUGUGAGCGGGGAGGGGAGGAGCUGGACAUCUCCUUUGACAGCCAGUUCCCUGACCUCAUCUCUGACCUCAUCACAGAGGAGGCCAAUCCCGUCACAGCUCAAACCCCUGCCGCCACCACCGCCGCCGCUCCGAACGCCACCAUGUUCCCCGCAGGAGUCCGAUACAUGGUGCCCCCCCAGCCCUCCCCCUCCUCCUCCUUCCUCCCCUUUCCUCACCCGCUGCCCUCGUCGUCCUCCACCCGGCUGGCCUCCAUCACUGACUUCUCCCCUGAGUGGUCGUACCCUGAGGGAGGAGUGAAGGUGUUGAUCACAGGACCCUGGAGCGAGCUGUCGGGUCGAUACUCCUGUGUUUUUGAUCAGAGCACUGUUCCUGCGUCACUGAUCCAGCCCGGAGUUCUGCGCUGCUACUGCCCAGCCCACGAGGCCGGCCUGGUGUGUCUUCAGGUUCUGGAGUCAGGAGGUUCUGUCUCCUCUUCGGUUCUGUUCGAGUACCGAGCCCGGAACGCCAGCUCUCUGCCCAGCUCGCAGCUCGACUGGCUCUCAUUGGACGAUAAUCAGUUCAGGAUGUCGAUAUUGGAGCGUCUGGAGCAGAUGGAGCGCAGGAUGGCUGAGAUGGCAUCCCGGGACAACAACCACCAGCAACAACAGCAGCAACAGCAACACAAUCAUCAGCAACACCAGCUGGCCACGCCCCCUCCUCCACCGCUACCUGAGGACCAUGAACAGUCGUCUCAGUGGUUCGAGAGGAGGAUUGUGGGAGUUUGUGAGCGCAUGAUGAAGGGAGGACGGUGGGGCAGAGGAGGGGGAGAGAGGCUCCAUCACUCGGUUCGUCACCGCGGGAUGACGCUGCUCCACCUGGCUGCUGCUCAGGGAUACACCCACCUGAUCCACACCUUGAUCCACUGGAGGAGUGUGAACAGUGACAGUCUGGACCUGGAGCAGGAGGUUGAUCCUCUCAACAUCGAUCACUUCUCCUGCACACCCCUGAUGUGGGCGUGUGCUCUCGGCCACCAGAGGGCGGCAGAGCUCCUGUAUGGCUGGAACAGUUCGGCUCUGGGGAUCCCCGACUCGCUGGGACGCCUGCCGCUCGCCGUGGCUCGAUCCAGAGGACACACCCGCCUCGCCAUGGCGCUGGAGGAGCUGCACACGCAUACCCACAUGGCACCCAGGGACACGCACACGCCUCCAGCAGACACGCCCACAGCAGCGACGCCACAACCACAGCUGCCGCCAUCUCCGCUGUCUACCAGCCCCGACACAGGGCUGAGCUCCUCCAGCAGUCUCCCCUCCCCCAGCGACCCCUCCUCUCCCUCACCAAGCUCUGCUUACUCCAGUGGUCCCGCCCCCAUGGACACCUCUCCAUCGUCCCCGUCGUCUCCUUCCUCCUCUUCAUCUCUUCCUGUCUCCCCUCCCUCCCCCUCCAGCCUCCCUCCUGUGUCGAUGUGGGGAGAGGAGCAUAACCCAGGGCUGAGCACAGGUUUGAACCCGUGCAGCUCCAGAGACUCUCCUCUCUACCUCAUGGACUACGAGAGCACCUCACCCCCCUCCCCUGGCCACACGCAUACGCCAGGCGGGCGGCGAGCCCACAUGGCGGUGACUCUGGAGGAACAGCUGCUGAGCUACAGUGAGAAUGCCGAGAACGAAGGCGAGGAGGAAGAGUACCUGGAGGAGGAAGUGCUGCAGGUGGACAUGGCGACGCUGGCAGAGCAAAUCAUUGAGGCCACCCCAGAGCGAAUCAAGCAGGAGGACUUCCCCAGGGGGGCGGAGUCUCCGCUCAGAGAGAGGCGGGACAACCCAGCCAUACAGGACACCUGGCUGGCUACGUACCUGGACACAGUCGACGCCCACACACACUCCCCGCCCAGACGGGUGUGUCCCCCCUCACCCCUCAGUGCACUGGCCCUCCAGAGGCUCCGCCCCCCGUCUUCUGCUGCGUGGGCGGAGUUCCUGAACGCCUCAGCCAAUGGGAAGAUGGAGAGAGACUUUGCCCUGCUGACGCUGACGGACGGGGAGCAGAGAGAGCUGUAUGAAGCCGCCAGAAUCAUCCAGAACGCCUUCAGACGAUAUAAGGGUCGGAGGUUAAAGGAGCAGCAGGACAUGGCUGCAGCCGUCAUCCAGAGGUGCUACAGGAAGUACAAGCAGUACGCGCUCUAUAAGAAGAUGACCCAGGCGGCCAUCUUGAUCCAGUCCAAGUUCCGGUCCUACUACGAGCAGAAGCGUUUCCAGCAGAGUCGGCGAGCCGCUGUCCUCAUCCAGCAGUACUACCGCAGCUACAAGGAGUACGAGAGGCUAAAACAGGCGCCCAGGGGGGCGGCCAGCCACAAUCCCAAGAUCAAGGGGUCGUUUCUGACGAAGAAGCAGGACCAGGCGGCGAGGAAGAUCAUGAGGUUUCUGAGACGCUGCAGACACAGGAUUAAAGAGCUGAAGCAGACCAGGGAGCUGGAGAGGAGAGGACUGACCACCUAGAACUUUAAAACGCUUCGACCAGGAGGAGAGAGAGGCUGGUGGAGGAGGGAGGAGGGAGACGGGACUGAUGGUCCCCCACGCCCGCUUUUUGUUCUUUCUCUCCGCCUCUCCGGAUUCCUCCGUUCAUCCACCGCCCGUCUGUCUCUCCUGGUCCACCGUCGUUCUGCAGCUGAAAUCCCUCCCUCCAUAGAUCUACGUCAUAUGAACUCAUUGUUUACCUACACAGCUCUCAGCCUGCCGUCACUGCAGCAGGACACCCAGGUGCAUGCUGGGAUACGUAUCUAAAGUGUGGUCAGUAACACGCCAGGCGGCUCGCGGGUGGAGAACACCUUCAGGAACUCUCCUUUGGCUCACUGGUCUCUCCUGACAGACGGCGCUGAGGGAAAAACGAGCCCAUCAGCUUCUCCAUCUGCCUCCCAUAAUCCUUUGCUGUUGUGGCGUGAGGACCGGCAGUGGUUGUGUUUGAGGGUGGGCUGAACAAUCAGCGGGACAUUAGUGCGUACUUUAAGUCUAUUUAAACACAAUCACAUGUAGACAGAGGUAUAUAUCUGAAUCUCUAUAAAUCUAUAUUCUAAUGUGACUUUAUAGAUGUUUAUUUAUUACAGCAUGAACUGUUCAUGUGAGCGAAUGAGAGCGCGAGUGAGUGAGUGAGAGAGAGUGCUGCACAGACUGUAAGGUCGAGUCUUAAGGAAUCCCUCUGACCUCUGAACUCUGACUGCAGACCCAGGUCGUUAACCUUUCUGAUGCUUUUAGUCUCCUCAUGUUUUUAACCUCUAUGACCUUUUUAAUUUCACCGAUCAAACACUAAAUAUCCAGCACACAUGUAGGAGACGAGCAAAACUCUCACAAGCUGCAGCUGAACUUAGACGCUACGUUGCACAAAUAGAUUGGCAAAAAUUUCACUCAGAUUAUUUUGACCUAUUUAGACGAGGUUUGACUGCAACUUCUGCUGAUGAAGGACUACAAAGUUCACGAUGGUCAAAGUCUAGACUUUUCAUUUUUCACACAGUAGGACUACAAAGACACGUAGUAGGACUACUAAGACACGCAGUAGGACUACAAAGACACACAGUAGGACUACAAAGACACACAGUAGGACUACAAAGACACGCAGUAGAACUACUAAGACACACAGUAGGACUACAAAGACACGCAGUAGGACUACUAAGACACGCAGUAGGACUACAAAGACACACAGAAGGACUACAAAGACACGCAGUAGGACUACAAAGACACACAGUAGGACUACAAAGACACGCAGUAGGACUACAAAGACACGCAGUAGGACUACAAAGACGCGCAGUAGGACAACAAAGACACGCAGUAGGACUACAAAGACACAGUAGAACUACAAAGACACACAGUAGGACUACAAAGACACACAGUAGGACUACAAAGACACACAGUAGGACUACAAAGACACGCAGUAGGACUACAAAGACAC